AUGGCGAAGAGCUUGCGCCGACUUAUCGAAUCCUAUUUCUUACGUAGAACGAAAAAUCAAAUCUCACAAAUUCGUGAUCUGUCUGGUUCGGACCCCUUAACUACGUCAGGGGGGAAAAAGUUUCAGAAAUUGCCCAGGAAGAAUGAGUUUGUGAUAUGGAUAUAUCUUACACAACUUCAGCCAAAGCUCUAUCUCGACUUUUUGCAAUCAGAUCGCAUUCGAGAGCUUUUGCUACCGGGCACCAAGCGCUCUUCACUCAUUGAACUAGUUAUUCUCAAAAGGCUUUGCGAUCACCCCAGACUCUUGUCUCCCCGUCAAUGUGCCAACUUAGACCUAGAUUCUCAAGAAAACUAUUCUCCGGAAAAUUGUAUAGACGAAUUUAAAUUGAGCGCUCUUCCUCCUGCGAAUCAAUUGCUUGCUGAAUUUAAUAAGCUCGCUUUCCUUGUAUGUCUUCUGGAAAGCUUUAUCAGAGAUUCUAAUGAAUCAGAUGCUUCACUCAAUCGUACUCUUAUAUCUUCUCAAAGUCUACGACUUUUGGAUAUUAUUGAGAUUGUACUCAAUUAUCGAAACACUAUCCUUAGGUCUAUUGGAUCACGUAUUCUUCACAAGGUUGCUAGACUCGAUGGGCGUCUCACUAAGCCGGCUGAGCGGCAUGAGGUGAUUAACACCUCUAAAGAUCAAUCAUAUACCACGAUGCUGCUAACCUCAUAG